GUAGCUGGCUCCAUUUCUCCUCCUCAGUCCGAUAAGAGCAGCUCGAGGAGCUGCAAGCCCAGCAGCACGCGCAUGAGAGCGCACAGCUUGUUUUUAAUUUGACUUUAAAAAAAAAAAUUCAUCCGAGAAUAAAAGAAAAACCAGCAGCAGCACAUUAAAGGUCCAAACUGUCGCUGUACCGAGUUUCACCUGGUUGUAAGCCACCGUUCCCACCCCCAUACACCGAGCCGGGGAGAAAACCCUGCGCAUUCCUCCACGCAGAACCCGGAGGGAGCGACCAGCAGCGGGGAAAGGUGAGCUGGAAGGGGGCCUCCUCACAAGGUGGGCCGGUGAAUUCUCCCACACUGGGGAUAGACGCGCUGUCUUGUGGUCUGGCUUUGUUGGAGGCUCGCUGUGGUUGUUGGUGAACCCUCGGUGACCAGAGGCACGCUAUGAUACCCUUGCUUUGAUGAAUAAUUUAAGCUCUCGCGGUCCAAGGCUCGCGCUGCGACAACCAUACGACCGUUGGCCGCCUGAACGGAUCCCGACGGUCAGCCACACCAGUCUGAAUUUGGAGGCUUAGCGAUAACGGAGAACUAAAGGGAAAAAAUUUGAGGUAGCUACUCGUCCGGGUGCUGCUUUGUAGCUCUGUCCUGUAGUCAUGUUGCCGAUCUGGUGGGGGAGGAGAGACCGAGCCCCCCAGCCGACCCAGUAUCUUUCCAUUUUCGGGUUUAUGUUAUGAGCUAUCCCGAACAGCAUCGCACUAUUUUUCUCCACGGAAGCACCAGCGUCGUCUGUUGCUGAAUGCUGUAUUUAAAAGGAGGACUGUCGGUUCUGCUAAAGAGAGAAAAAAACGCCUUACACAACUGAUUUAAGUAUUCUGAUUUUUCAUCUGAUCUCACAACUGUUUUUGAAUAACUUUAUGAAUAAGUGGCUACCUCCUUGUUUUGUUUUUUGUGGCAAAUCUUUCUUCCUUUUUCAUUUUUAAAUCGUUGAAUCUACCUCAAACACCACAUUAACGUGGAGAGAUAAUUAUCUUCUACACACCCCAAACGGGCUGAUGUGUCUCCAAAUGAAUACCUCAGCCUCGUCGUCGUGCAUGUUGUAAACUGAGCCCAGUUUUGGUGACGCUGCAGAUGGCUUCGUUUCCCGACUCGGACCUGCAGACGUGCCCGCUCUGCAAGGAGCUGUGCGGCUCUUCUGCUCCCAUUUCCUCCAGCUCUUCUACCUCAUCGUCUUCAUCUCACACCUCGUCUUCCUCCAGCCAAACCACCAAGAGGCUCCACGUUCUGCCGUGCCUGCACGCCUUCUGCAGGCAGUGCCUGGAGGGACAGCGCAGUCCCGGGGACCCGCUGAAGCUGCGGUGCCCCACCUGCGACCAGAAGGUGUCCAUCUCAGAGGCCGGAGUGGACUCCCUGCCUUCCUCCAAUUUCCUCUUCAGCAACCUGCUGGAUGUGGUGGUGAGCUCAGAGGAGCAGAUCCAGAACAAGAAUGGCCACCAUCACCACCACCACCACCACCACCACUCCCGGGGAGGUCUGGGUGGAGGCUCCUCUGGCUUCAGUCAUCCGUCACGUGGAAGCCUGUUGCACUCGCACCACCUGGGAGAGCCUCAGUGCAGCUCCUGCGACGAGGAGAACCUGGCCACAUCCCACUGCCUUGACUGCCAGGAGUACCUGUGUGAUAACUGCGUGCGAGCACACCAGCGGGUGCGACUCACCAAAGACCACUUCAUCGAGCGCCUGGGAGAGAACCUCCAUCUGAGCAGGGUCAACGCUAACAGCAAAGCCAGCCAGCCAGGGAUGUCAGUGUCCCUCGCCCAGUCCCUGCAGAACAAUUUCGCGCUGCUGUCCCUGUUCCAGGAUCGCAUGAGCUACUGCCAGCACCACGACAGCGAGGUGUUUCUGUUCUUCUGUGAAACCUGCACGGUGCCUAUCUGCAGAGAGUGCAGCAUGGGCCGUCACAUGGGCCACACUUUCGUUUACCUGCAAGACGCCGUUCAGGACUGCCGGGCCAUCACCAUCCAGCUGCUGGCAGAUGCACAGCAGGGACGACAGGCGGUGCAGCUAAGCAUGGACAAGGUCCAGGCCAUGUCCGAGCAGGUGGAGAUCAAGGCUAAAGUGGUGCAAACAGAAGUGAAGGCUCUUGUCCUGAGACACAAGAAAGCGCUGGAGGAGAGGGAGUGUGAGCUUCUAUGGAAGGUGGAGAAGAUCCGCCAGGUGAAGGCCAAGUCUCUGUACCUGCAGGUGGAGAAACUCCACCAGAGUCUCACCAAGCUGGACAGCACCAUUGCUGCUGUAAGCCAGGUGUUGGAUGAGGGCCACCACCUGGAUGUGUUGCUGGCGAGGGAGCGAAUGCUCACUCAGAUCCAUGAACUCAAGGCCCUCAGAGGCUUGCUGCAGCCACAAGAGGACGACCGCUUCAUGUUCACUCCUCCAGAUCAGGCUCUCUACAUUGCCAUCCAGUCCAUGGGCCUGAUUAGCAGUGGGGCUUUUGCCCCGGUGACCAAAGCCCACGGUGAGGGUCUGAAAAGUGCCCUUCGCAGUAAGCCUACUUCCUUCACUGUGGUUGGAUACGAUCACGAUGGCGAGCCACGUCUUUCAGGUGGGGACGCGUUGUCUGCAAUAGUCAUGUCGGUUACAGAUGGUAACGUGUCCACAGCUGAUGUAACGGAUCACCAGAACGGCUCGUACACCGUCGGCUACCUGCCAAAAUGUGAGGGGGAGCAUCUCCUGUCCGUGCUGGUGUGCAACCAGCACAUCCAGGGCAGCCCCUUCAAGGUGAUUGUGAAGUCUGGGCGGAGCUAUGGGUCACUCGGCACCCAAGUGUCAUCCUUUGGCUGUGAGGGCGAGGGAGACGGUCAACUUUGUCGACCCUGGGGCAUCUGUGUGGACAAGGAGGGAUACGUGGUGGUGGCUGAUCGCAGCAACAACCGUAUACAGAUAUUCAAGCCUUGCGGUGCCUUCCACCAUAAGUUUGGCUCUCUGGGUUCUCGACCUGGUCAGUUUGAUCGUCCGGCUGGGGUUGCAUGUGACUCUCAGAGGCGAAUUGUUGUGGCUGAUAAGGACAAUCACCGUGUGCAGGUGUUUACUUUCGAAGGCCAGUUCCUGCUGAAGUUUGGGGAAAAGGGUACCAAGAAUGGGCAGUUUAAUUAUCCCUGGGAUGUGGCUGUCAACUCUGAGGGUAAGAUCCUGGUCUCAGACACCCGAAACCAUCGUGUGCAGCUCUUUGCCCCUGACGGUUCUUUCCUCAACAAGUACGGGUUUGAAGGGGCCCUGUGGAAACACUUCGACUCUCCCAGAGGUGUAGCCUUUAACCACGAAGACCACCUGGUGGUGACCGACUUCAACAACCACCGCCUCUUGGUUAUUCGACCAGAUUGCCAGUCUGCUCGCUUCCUGGGCUCCGAGGGCACCGGGAACGGACAGUUUCUGCGUCCCCAGGGCGUCGCCGUGGACCAAGAGAACCGCAUCAUCGUGGCCGACUCCCGCAACCACCGAAUCCAAAUAUUCGAGCCCAACGGAAACUUCUUAUGCAAAUUCGGAUCGCAGGGGAGCAGCUUCGGACAGAUGGAUCGCCCCUCCGGUGUGGCCGUGUCGCCCGAUGGAGCCAUUGUGGUCGUUGACUUUGGAAAUAAUCGCAUCCUCAAGUUCUAAAAGGAAAGAAACGACCUUUUUUUGUAUUCUCUCCCUACCUUUGCCUUUUUUUUUCUUUUUUUUUUGCAGUUUUUCCGAUGAAGGAAACGGUGGAGAGAGAAUGGAUCGGCAGAAAGGAGGAGAGCUCAAAGAUGAUUGGGAGCAUGCUGAAAAGAAGGGAAAUUGAAACUAUAGAUUAUUUUUGUCAUUUUCAUUUCUAUUCUUUAAAAAAAAUCUGAUACCUGUGAUAUAUACAUCAAAGGGGGACCUCUAAAAAUUGAUAAUCAAUAGAAAAAGAGCCAUAUUUCCCUUCCUCUGCCUCAGCUGUUCCGAAUUCUCUGUCGGCUCUCCUUAAGGAAACAUCUCAGGGAAUUUCUCACUUGUUCAAAUCUUGUACUCUCUGCUCCGUACCUACCUCAUUUACCUUAUGAAUGUACACAGUCUCCAAGCAGAGGUUUUUGUCCGUGAAGUUUUACAAAGAAGAAAAGUCUACCUCUAUACUUUGUUAUUUAAGAGAGACAAAAAAACAAUAGACUCUACAUUUAAUAUUUGCACAGGAUUAAUAGAAUUCUUUCUGUGCAUUUGGAAAUUUGAGUAAACCUCCUGAAUGUUGUUGCUGAGACAAUACUCAGACCGCUGUAGAGGUUGCAUGAUUCGCCCUAAUUAGAAGGCUUGGCUGAGAGGAAACUCGUAGAAUAGCGUCUUUUGAUGUUUGUAGUUUUGCUUUUUUUUUGUUUUUGUUUUUGUUUCUUUUUUGUUUCUUUUUUUUUUUUGCUCUCGCAUUUAACGUUGUCUUUGUGUGGCUCUGUGGUGGUGUUAGUGUCAUGAUAGCCUAAGAAGUCUGUGUGAAGCAAUGCCAAACUUGAUAGACUUAAAAUGAGCUCAGGUCAUUAAUUAACUGUAACCUCAGGCUCUCCCUCUAGCUUUACUGGCUAAGGCUUUUAUGAUGAAUUUACUGAUGUGUAGAAAUAUAAAGUUCAGGAGGUCAGAUUUUACAUAGCCCCUCUAAUGAUAUGAAUUCUUUGAAUAAUACCCCAUAAACCCCGGCCUCACCUCUAACCCACUGACUGGAUUAGUAAUUACUACCCAGUCAGUUAAAGAGAGAGUAAUAUGCAAGGAAAGCAGCAUCCUUUGUGUGGUCUCCCAAUAGAGGACUAGAUAAAGGAUUUUAGAAUUGAAUCUUCCAAGAUCUGUACCUAAUAGAUUUGUCUGAACGUUUAAUUAAGAAAAUAAAUUAAAAUGGUUAUUUAAGUAAUCGAAUGACACCCUUAUGAUGAGGCGUGCUGUGUGACGAAAGCCUCGGAAAUGGACACCUCAUUUGGCCAUUCAGAUGACAUUAAUGACAUCAGAUUAAAGGCCUAACAUUACAAUCCUCUGCAUUCACAUUGUGGUUCAAAGCCACUUUCUUUGGCUCCAGGGGCCAAGUAUUCAGUCCUGUCCAAUGAGAGAGGACGACCUCCAAAGCCCGGCCCUACUUAUUGAUGCUUGGAGUUGAGACGCCUCCAGACUGAACGCUAGUAGAUCAAUUCCUCUAAAGAUGGAGGUCUACAGAAUAACUACUAGAGUCAACCAAAGUUAGAAAUCCUGCACAAUGGCCAACGGAAGAUUUGGCGAUUUUAAAGCAAAUCAGAAUCUCAAUUGUAAAACAUUUCUCAAAUAAUCAUUGUUGUUGAGAAGUCUAAAAGUUGAUAACACUCAUUGAAAUGAGUUGUGGGUUUUGAAGAAGAACACGUGCUUGGGUGCACAAGUACUUCCACUUCCCACUAAGACACAGGCACUGCCUGUGUGAGUGCAUUUUUAAAUUAGAUCCUUGUCAUAGAGUACAGGAGAUACUUGCACCAAAGAGAAAUUCUCCCUCCCCCCUCACAUUUAUCACCCCCAGCUCAUCAGUGCCACAGUUUUACCAUAGGCUCAAAGUAGCGUCUUUGGUCAUCCUCGCACAUAUCCAGAUUCCCAUAAAGUGAUGGAGACUCAUUUGUGGUGAAAGCACUAUGGGAAUCCCCUUGUCCUUCAAUCUACCUCUCACCACAAACACCAGACUAUUGCAGUUUUGUUAACCACUUCCUUAGCCUUGCAAAGUUCUUGAACUAUUAAAUAUUGGCUGACUGGCUCUCACCUCUGAGGUGAGGUCUGUCUGCACGUGAUCAGGAUUUCCAUCCUCUCAUCUCACAUUUCCUUUACCUCAGAACUGUUUCAUAUACCUCAACUCUUAAAAAAUACCUCAAGUUUGUCACUCGUUGCUACUGUGCAUGUAAACCUUCAAAUACCUCUACUUUUGUCAUUCAUUCUGAAUAGAUCAUGUUUACUCUUUUAUUUAUGCAUACCUCCUAGGAUAUUUAUACCUCAUUCACAUACCGCACAAUACAGUACAUGCCCCAUAGUUCUAGGACCAAAGAUCCACGGUACUGUUCAAAGUUUGAAUGAAAUGCGCUUUAUGGUCAUCGCUCCAUGCUCGUAAACCUGAACAGCCCUUGGUUUGUUGCAUCUACUGUAAAUGUCGGGGUAUGUUUAUGCUUUUUCUCACCAAGAAACCAAAUGAUUCAGACGAAAGCAUUGUGCCAAAAUGAUUUGUGAUAGUUCUGUGCCAAGCAGAGUUAAAAUUUUUUGGACCAUGCCUUUGUAGGCGACUAAUGUCACUGGACUAUUAUCAAAGAUACAAAUGUUAAAUCAGAGCACCUGAGGAUAAAUCCUCUUCCUCUGACUGGAUGCACUUAAGAGGGCUGGGCCCCGUUUACCUUUACCUCAUGAUGAUAAUGGACAUGUCCAUUCCACUUGUAAGUUGUUCUAGUGAGCCGGGGGUGAGGGCAAGAGGAAAUGUCCUCUUUUAAAGCGUUACCAUCACAUGUCCGCCUUUUUUGACUGCACAUGAAUUACCUCUUAUUUCAGCACAAUAUUGCCGCGUGGAUUUUCAGGAUGCUUGGUGUUGGCUCUUCCAGAGGAGUAGCCUCUGGGAGUAUCCUUUCAGACUGGUGGUUUAAAGCAGUGAUUCCCAACUGAGCAAAACCUGUUCCCCAAUAAAGAUCGAGUGAAGAUGAAGAAAUGUGAGGUGUAAAGUUAACAAAAAAUAAAUCUGGAAAAAGCUGCAAAAUGAUUAACUAGUAUCAAAGUGAGAAAAUGGUUGGAAAGCUUGAUGGUAGGCCAAUGGCAUGCAAUGUAGUUACAACUUUAAUCUGUUGUUUCUACACAAAUUUAAAUGAAUACUUAUAAUUUAAAUGUUAUAUGAUGUCCCUGAAAAUCACAUUUAAACUGUUCACUACCCUUGUACUAAUUUUUGUAUGAAAUAGAUUUUUUUUCCCCACUUUUUAAAAGGUGGUGGUGGUGGUGGUGGGGGGGGUAAAAUAUCUGAGGAUAUUCUGAGGAAUCAAUGGUGGAGUCACCAGAGACAGUCUUGCAUUUCAGAUUUUCAACAUCAUUUGUAUCCUUUCAAGAUGGGAUUUCCUUUAAUUUGGGUUAGAAUAUCACAGUUGUCACCUCCUUUUUAAAUCUUUGUUUUCUUGGUUUCCAUGGUGACACGUACCCACUUUCUCUGGAUAAAAUCGUAGACUGUAUACAAAAGAUAGACUUGGCUAGCAUGAUGGCAUCCACUGUUAUGUGAAUCUUGCAAAAACCACAUUUUUGAUGAGGGGCAGGUCAGAUUGUGAAUCUUACUAUUUGGCUAACGAGUAGUUAAUCAUAAAUCAUUAGCCAAUGAGCGUACCACGGAUAGGCCUCCAUUUAAAAACAUGGUAUGUACAAGAUUUAUAAAAUGGACUUUAGUAUGACUUGAGACAGGUGGCUGAGCACAAACUUAGGAGGAAAGACAAGACAGCCAUUUCCUCACAUAUUUCUGAAGGACCAGAAGCCUUUUUUAGAACUAUAGCUAUCGCCAUCUAGUGGCCUUUGGAUAGAAUGCAGGUUUAAGGCACUGACAUAUCUGCUUCGUUUUUCCAUUCAAAAGCUACGUCCAUGUUUCAUUAUACUCUGUGGUGAAAAUUCUGCUUCUGACAAAUGACUCACAAAUUUGCGCUCGGUCACAAUUCAUGUCUAUGAAUAAAAAUGUAAAAAACACAAUCGAUCAAGAAGACAAAAAUUAGCCGCUAUGUUUUUUGGGAUUUUUCUUUGACAGUUUCUGGUUUGGUGCGAGACCAGGCUGUAGUACAUGAUGGAUGAACUGUUAAAUUGUUUCCCAAAACCAUAGCCAAACAGUUGAAUAGCAGUAUGGAUAAACAAAUAAAACUGAAUGGGUAAACAAAGGAUGUAAAGGACACCUUAAACUGCUAGCUAAAAUUAUUUUUCCAAUUUUUAUAAAACAUCUGUUAUUUGACUAAAAGUACAGGUAGCAGAUAAAUUGUUAGCUAAUAGCUUGGAUUGAAUAGUUAAAAUAGCCAGAUGGAAUGUCAAAAAAAUUAAAAUGUAGUAGUAGUAAUAGUAGUAGUAAUAGCUACAGGUAGCGAAUGAAUGGCGGGAACAUCGUGAAAUAGGUUGGAAUCACUGGUUUAAACAAAUGCAUGACAGGAUUGUGGAUGUAGCUAUUAGCACAUUUAACCACUGCUGCUUUGACUACAACACCCAGUUUCAACCAGUAAAGUAGAACAUUUUUUUUCCUCUUCUUCUCAGUAUUACUCUUUGACAUGUUUGUUCAUGUUGCAUCGGGUUUUAUUUUUUAAUUAAGAUUACAGAAUUCUAUCUUUAAGAUCCUUAGGUCUUCACUCUUAAAGAGGAAAAAAAUGUAUUUUAAACCUUUUUUUUUGAUUUUUAAUUUUGUUGCAUGCUUUAAAAAGUCUAUGUAUUAUACUGAUGUCUCUUUAGAUAGAUGAUAAACUGAGAUGGAGUGGGUAGCUGAUUAUUGGGGUGGUGUUUCCAAAAUGGAUACCCAAAAAUGCGUGUGUGUUUGAGCGCGCGAGUGUGUGUUAGGAUUGCGUUGGAUGGAAUUAACCGUUGACUUUUGUGAUUGUAUUUCCUGUUUUCUAGAGGCUCUGCAAAGCACCCACUGUUUGGGUAGCCAUACUUUGAAUCCACAGAAACAACCGGCAGAGUUUUGACUGGCGUGACCCUCGACCGUUAGUAAUGAAUUUUCCUCAACUCCCUCUAAAAUGCUUUAUAUGAGCGGGCAUAUAGGAAUGCUGUCCUUUCAUGCUGAAGUGAUGUAAAAACCUUCCCUGCUCAAAUUUAAGAUGAGAAAUCCUUUUAGUAGGUGUGAGGAACAGCACAAACUAAAAUAUCGCCUCCCCUCCUCGAAUCCGAACCCGACAGCGUGCAGGGAUGGCCGCUGAGCACAUGAUCAGUCGACUGCAGCCCUGCUCUGCGUUGCUUUUUGGGUUUUUUGUUUCUUUGUGCUACCAUUUUAUUUCUGGCCUCCCACAAUUUAACAGGAGAGAACAAAGCAAAGCCAGGUGUGCGAGGUCAUAGACCUGCUUUUAAAUGAUUGUAUACGCUUAAGAAAAGAACGAGGAGGGAAAAAAGGGGUUGGGAUGUGUUUAGAAAGGAAAAAGACAAAACUCAGGUAGUUCUCAGCAGCGCUGUGCUGCAGGUGUCUCAUUGAAUCGUGUAGUGAUAAUGUAGUGACUUUUUUCUCCCCACCACCCACUGUUAUGAUCUCUGUACUAGUCUGAUUCUUUUUGUGUGUCCACUUGCAUAUAUAAAACAAAUAAUUUCUCAAUUUGAAAAUAAUGCUUUCAAUUUGUACCCUGAUUUUAUUUUUCUUUCCCCUCUGGUUCAAGUUUUGUUUUGUUUAUUUUUAUCUUUAACAAAAAGUACAACUAUUCACACCACUUGAUGCUCAUUGGCCCUUUUAGAAUGUAUUUUGUGAAGAAAAGGGUUAAAUGGCAUCUUGCUGCUCACUCGCCGGCGCCAUCUGCUGGUGGCAGAUACACGGCAGAGACCACAGAAAAUCUGUGUUACCACCGGCCGAGGUGGGAGCCGUCUCGUCCUGUCAGCUGUAUCCUGUUCUUCCAGCAGCUGGUUGUCGCGUGUCAAGUGGGCGCCAUGUGCGUGUGUCUGCGUGUUUGCGCUGCAUCUGUGUCGUCUGUGCAGAAAUCCACUGAAUGUAUCCUCCUCGCAGUCCAAGAGCUGGGGUGAGCCAGCGUGGCCAGCUGAGUUUAGAUGGGUGCUGCUGGUGCUUUCUCAUCCACGCUGCAGUGUGUGUUGUUAUCAGUUCAAUCUCAGUGUGUGUGUUUUUACACAUGUGUGCACACACAUGCACGUUGUAAUGGAUGGAAGUGCAAAUGUCAGGUCUUCAGUCUAAAUAAGGCAUCGGAGACUAUAAGAUAACGGCCACGUGCUGCUCUCUCUGCACUCUGUGGACUUUAAACAUUUCCU